AUGGUAUCCCACAUUUCACUUCUUGUUGUCAUAAUUGCUAUAAAAAAUAGUCCCUUAUGUAUGCAAAGUCUUGCCAAGUACAAAAUUUCUAAAGAAUUGUCACAAACAAUUAAAUUCAAGUAUUUCUUUACCACAAAUCAAUCAUCUCAUAUAUUUAAAAAUAGCGAUCUUGUAUUUAUCUCUGGUAAAUACGUUGUUGAAAAUUCCGAGCCAUGUUUUAUCAUCGCAUAUUCAAGCAUUGUCGAUAACAAAAAUCCAAAUAGAGAAUUUGAUAUGACCGCUAUUUCUGUAUACAUUCCUCACUGCAUAUACUCGGUAGUCAUCAAUCGUGAACCAAAGGAAGUUAAAGAAUUUAUUCAUUUUGGUGCUGAAACUGUUGAAUAUAAUUCAGUUACAGAUAUUGAUUAUCUUAAAACUUUGGCUAUCAAUAUUAUCACUUCUAAAAGCUCUUCUUUGACAAAAGCUAACACGCCAUCAAUCAUUGAUCUUAUUGAUGAUGAUAUCGAUUCUACUGUUACCCAGCCAAAGCAGCAACUUAAACCUUCUUUAACUCCAGUAAAAAAUAUUAAUGCUAAUGAAUCAAAUAUCGAAGUUAUUGAAGAUGAUAAAAACUUACAAGAUGAUGUUGAUGAGCUUGAUGAAGAAGUUCAACCUAAAAAAAGAGUGAAAUCUGCUAAGGGAAACCAAAAGAAAAAGGGAAGAAA